CGAUUAACAAUUCGCGACGUCUAAUGUUUUGUUCCUGCUGCGAGGGUUGAUGGGAGAUAAUCAUGGAAACCGUGCUGGCGGGUUGUUAUUGCUGUCGCCCGGGUUGUCAGUGGCCUUAGCGUGAUCUUUUAGGCGGUAUUAGGCGGGCUGCUGGUCAGCUAUGGUGUGAAGUGAAACAUGUCGGACCUGCUGCUGAAAGAGAUGGACGAAGUGUCCCUUAGUGACCCGAAGGAAGGAGAAGAAGUAGGAGGUGGAGGGCAUAGCGAAGGCAGCGAACGGAGUUUCCUUUUGGUGGACGAGCAUGAAAAUCUGCAGGUUCGCAGUGAGGGGGAGUUCCUUCGGAAGUUAGACUGCCGUGAGGUCACAGGCGUCAAGGUACUUUCCAUCUUCGGCAACACCGGCGACGGGAAAUCACACACCCUCAACCAUGUCUUGUUUGGUGGCGAGGAGGUGUUCAAGACGUCAGCCCAGCAGACCUCUUGCACUGUCGGGGUAUGGGCGGCCUUCGAUCCGGCCAUGGGCAUUGUGGCCCUGGACACAGAGGGUCUCUUGGGAGCCUCCAGCAACCAGAACCAGCGCAUGCGGCUGUUGCUGAAGGUGCUGGCCGUGUCGGACGUGGUGGUGUACCGCACGCGGGCCGAGCGGCUACACAACGACAUGUUCCACUUCCUGGGCAGUGCCUCAGAGGCCUAUCUGCGCCAUUUCACCCCUGAGCUGCGCGCCCUGUCCACGCGCUGCGGACUGGAGGUGCCCCUCUCCAGCCUGGGUCCCGCCGUCAUCGUGUUCCAGGAGACGUCCCGCACCCGGCUGCUCGGUCACAACAGCAGUGUCUCCGGGGAGGCUGAGAUGCUGCUGCAGAAGCGGUUUCACGACUUGAGCCUGUGCACGGACGCCUUCAGCUCGGUGCAGUACGUGGGCACCCAGACCGUGGCCCCGCCCACCGACUACCUGCAGCUGCAGUGCACCGUCCGUCAGCAAGUGAAGAACACGGCCAGCCGCUCGCCGCGGCGGCCUGCCGUCGUGUACAGCGCCCUGCAGGCCUUGAGCGACAGGUUCUGCGGAGAGAUCUCGGACGACAAAGUCAACAUCUACUCGUUCUUCCCAGAUGAAUAUUUCACAUGCUCCUCCGAGUGCCUCAGUUGCGGUACUCGCUGUAGGAAUGGAAUGAACCAUCUGAAGGACGGUAUCCCCCACAGGGGGGAUGGUCUUUGCCAGUACGCCCACCAGUACAACAACAAAGUGCUCAUCUGCAAGCGGUGCUAUGAGGGAGGCAGGGAGGUGAUUGUCAUCCCGAAGACCUCUGCCUCUACGGACAGCCCCUGGAUCGGCUUGGCCAAGUACGCGUGGUCGGGCUACGUGUUGGAAUGUGCCAGCUGUGGGAUCAUCUACCGCAGCCGUCAGUACUGGAUGGGCAACCAGGACCCAGAGAACAGUGUAGUGCGGCCCGAGGUCAAGCACGUGUGGCUGGGGACCGAGGCCUUCCUGACAGACCACCAGAACGCGGCACAGAGGGUAUUGGAUGGCGUGAACUACGUUAUCCAGACUGUUUCGGAGUACAGCACCGGGCCCACCAAGGCAGUCACCUCCUGGAUCACUGAUCAAGUGGCGCCGCCCUACUGGAGACCUAAUGCUGAAAUCAUUCAAUGUCACAGCUGCAGAAAGCCGUUCGAUGAGGCCGAGCGGAAGCACCACUGCCGAGCGUGUGGCGAGGGCUUCUGCCAGGCGUGCUCCAGCCGACGCAUGCCCGUGCCGGAGAAAGGCUGGGGCAGCACCCCCGUCAGGGUCUGUGAAGUCUGCCAUCGCCAGGGGGGGGCACCUACCACCACCCAAGUGACGUCGGUGGACCCACGGGGUCUGAUGGCCCGGAGGGUGACAGAGGCGGCCCAGUCCACGCUGGAAAUGGUGACCUAUGCUGUGGAUUAUCCGCUAGGGUUUGUGAAGGGCGUAGCGCGGCCUGACUACUGGGUUCCUGACCACGAGAUCCUGCAUUGCCACCACUGCCGGAACACCUUCACGGCCAAGAUGUCGAAGCACCACUGCCGCGCGUGUGGCCAGGGCGUGUGCAGCCGCUGCUCCGCCCAGACCCGCAUGGUGCCGUCACGGGGCUGGGACCACCCGGUGCGUGUCUGCGACGGCUGUGCCGAACACAAGGGCAGCCUAUAGUGAGCAGUCCCUGGCACACAUGCCUCUCACUGCUGCGUAGAAUCUCCCAGACUACCUUAAAAAUCCUGGCUAUGCCCCACUGCUUGAAGGGUAAUGGAGAGCCCUAUGACUUGUAGGCUGCUUCAGAAGACCUGAAAGCCCCAGAUCAGUCCUAGCAGGUCUCAGUUUGGCGUUAAUGAGUGUGCCCACCUGCAGAAGGCUGCACCAAGGUCAGAUUAUAAAGCUUAUUCAAAUAAGUUCUGCACACAGUGGAUAGUGAGGUCCCUAAGAGAGGCGAUCACAAAGGUGGAGCGGGACCAAGUCUUCUGAAUAUGAGACUCCGUUACGAAUCAUGCUCUCAGCAGUGAAAGUGCCCCAAUAGUGCCCUUAAUCAUCUUCUGAGCACCUGUAUCCUAUAAUAUAUGCAGACUUCAUUUAACCAUAGCAUUUGCCUUUUAGUUAACGACUUAUUCGAAUCACAUCAGAGAUACCAGAACUGAAUUGUCAUUCAUAACAUCAGAGGAUAAGGUACAACUGUUGCAUGAAGAACCUACUGGUUACAAAAGCUUCAGUUAUUGCAGACAGCAGUACUUGUGUUGCUACUGCACGUUAGAAGUUAGUGAAGAGCGCUAAUCGGGUAAUAGCACAAGGGAGGUACCGUGACUUUGGUUGUGCUCUGAGUUGCUGUUGCACUUGGCGCGAGUGCAACAAACCGUCCUUUCGAAGCGUGAGAUUCGGAGAGGAAUUGGAGCGGAUGUCAGGAAUUCGGCAACAGCGAGCCACGGAGGUCGAUGAGACACCAUUGCAGCAAACCUCCAUUGCGGUAAAAUGCAAAUAUUGCGUUUAUUGUACAGAGUUUUACAAAAUAUCUUAGCAGUCCUCUCAACUGGACAUAGCAGUUGAUGUUGCAUAUAUUGGUUCAGACACGCCAUUUCUUAAUCCUAUACUCCUUAUAGACGCGUAUCAUUAACAUGAUUAAAAUUUUAUAUAACUAAUCACUUUAAUUUCUUUAAUCUUAAUAUGUUUAAUACAAUAUACGUGGAACCUCUUCUACCUCCCAUAAUGGUUUGUUUUGUUGAAUUUUAGUCAUUUUGGAUUGUGAAAUAAAGGAAAAUGAAUACUUUUUUUUCACCAUUAUAGCACAUACAGGGACCAUUAAAACACACUAAUGAAAAAGCACCACUGACAAAUUCGUUGAGGGCAUCACGGAAAUACUUGCUGCAUCCCACAAUCAUGAGUAAGUGAAGGGACUGAAAAAUAAUUAGGGAUGGUGAGAAACACAAAAAAUGCUCUUCACACAACCAAACGGGGUUGUUCCAUCUGGUAGCACCUUUACUUUGUAACUGGACAUUUAAAUGCUGGCUUUUUUAUAGUCAAUCCAUGUGAAACCAAAUAAUUAUAUAUAGUAGUUAUUCUGGGUUAGACAAUCGAUUAUUCCCAUGCUGUUAAGAGUAAAGAGUAUCGAAUAAAGAAUAUUGACGCUG